CAAGCAAACUUGUAAACUUUUCUCUUAAAUGGAAGCCAGGAGAGAAGAGAUUGACACUAGCCACACUCGCUUCAUAGAUGCUGCAAACCCUUUAUUCUAUUCACUCUCUGUUGUAUUAAUCUUCUUCACUUUGCUAUCGUUGAGUUGGCCACUUGUUGCAUUAUGGAGUUGUGGAUUUGGUGUUUUAGGAGCUUAUCUCUUGUUCAGGAAUAGAAAAUUGGUUCCUAAUCUUUUACUUCAUCUCAGACCAGUUGUUAAUGUAGAGGAAGAUGGUGACAGUUCAGUUAAAGAUUUAAUGUGUCCAGUUUGUUCUAACGCAAACUGCUCACGUCAUAAAGUACUUAAACCCAAUGAUUGUGACGUUUCAAUGCCAUGGAAAGAUCUUAGUGUUCCCGAAACUAUUGAUAAUUCGUUGUCUAAUUUUCUUAAUAUUAUAAUGGCAAGAUUCAUUACAACUUGGCACAAGUAAUUAUUAACUUUUUAUGCAACAUAAGUCAUGUAUAUGCAUCA